UUGAUAAUUCAGAUAAAACAAAGCAGAUUUUAUUUUCUCAUGUGAAAGCAAUAUGCCCUCAAUAAAGGGACAUCAUAGUAACCACAGGAAGUGGACGCAGCGUCUCUCUAUAAAAGGAGGUGUAGAGAUGACAGUUUGGAGCGUGAGAGCAAGAGAGAGCACGGAGAAACACAAUGGUAGACCUCAAAAGGAAACAAAUGUCUUUAUUUCUCAUAUGGCUGCUUCAGUUUACAGCAGCAGCUGAAGUGAACGUCUUCCACCUUGGUGUCAGAGAAGGAGAUGAAGUCCGUCUGCCUUGUAUAAACAUGAAAUGCGACCAGAAUAACUGUCACAAUACUUCCUGGAACUAUUAUCAUCCAUCAUGGGAAAGUUAUGUCCAGCUGGAUGUAGUGAAAUCAGGCAGACUGAGUCUUACAGAGGAUUGUUCUCUGGUUAUAAAGCCGAUCAUAGUGAAGGAUGCUGGUUGGAUUUACUGUGAACAGCUCACGACAACAGAAAUACAAACAACUCCGGCUGUAAUUCGUCUCUUUGUUGAAGACCCUGCAGAAAGCGUACCAGAAGGAACAUCUCCAACAGAACAUCCAGUUGCAGCAGCUGAAGUGAACGUCUUCCACCUUGGUGUCAGAGAAGGAGAUGAAGUCCGUCUGCCUUGUAUAAACAUGAAAUGCGACCAGAAUAACUGUCACAAUACUGCCUGGAACUAUCGUCAUCCAUCAUGGGAACGUUAUAUCCAGCUGGAUGUAGUGAAAUCAGGCAGACUGAGUCUUACAGAGGAUUGUUCUCUGGUUAUAAAGCCGAUCAUAGUGAAGGAUGCUGGUUGGUUUUACUGUGAACAGCUCACGACAACAGAAAUACAAACAACUCCGGCUGUAAUUCGUCUCUUUGUUGAAGACCCUGCAGAAAGCGUACCAGAAGGAACAUCUCCAACAGAACAUCCAGUUGAUUGUACAGGUUCUUCUGCUCUGGACUUCAUGAUGUUGGUUCUGCAUGUGGCUGAACUCAUCCUGAUGACUGUGAUCACUGUUCUUCUCUUCAGAACUCGAGGGACCCGGAGACCACCUUAUGACAACACUGUGCUUGAUGAUGAAGAUGAAGGCUCUGUGUACUAUGAUGAUAUUGGAGAACCUUCUGCUUCUGUCAGACUCCACUCAGCAACAAUAACUUCGAGAAUAACAUCGACUCACCAGAUAAAAUAAUCUUCUGCUUUCAUCAUUUUGAUAUCUCAUUUUUUUAUGCAUUUAAAGAAACAGAUCUACCUAAUCAAAAGUCUCAAUUGCAGCAGGAUGAGAUUUGAACUCAGUUUAUUAAUUUCACUGUACAACCAAGAAUAAGUGCUGUCAAUCCAUAAUCUUUUUUUAUCUAAUUCAUUACAGGCUACGUAAUUAAUUGCAUAUAUUGAUGAUAUGAGAAGGAUUGCAUUACAGGUAGAGUUACUGCAUAACCCAUCUUUUUUCUUUAUCUGUAAAAGAA